ACUGCGCCACCACGCCCCCCUCUCACCGUGAAAUAAUGAAAUUCAAAUAAGUCAAAGUAAGGAAAUUAUAAUACAAGAGAUUUUAACGUUACUUCAGAAGAAAAUGACGAUCAAGCCGUUAGUUUCACGUGUGUUGCUGGACCAGUCGGUGUUUCAAGUGCAUUGAGCAUUCCUCGUAACUAAGGGCGACGCGCCAAACACACCGCUUGUUGUUUCGCGUGUGUGUGGCAACAUAGCCAGGCGAGAUUAGAGAUUCGACUAAGAUUUUUUGUAAGUGUUAUAAAAGAAAACCAAAUAAGUGUGAAUCAAUUUUUACUAAGGGCUGGCCCUCGCAGCCUUUAUGGCGGCCCGCCACACGCGCGCUGUAGACCUCCGCCGUCUCGCGCUGACGCGAGCCCCCUGACUGGGUGCAUGGCGGUAGAUAUGUUGCGCGCGCGGGGCGUCGCGUACGAAGCAGCCCGCGAGCGAAAGCUGGAACAGGAGAACCGGCGGCGGACAGAGCGACAAGCGAGCACAAAGGGCUGUCGCGCUCUGGGUUGGGUGGCCGCCGGGGAGCUCAGAGAAGCGCUCUGCCUGGAACGGAAACCGGUAAUACAGCGCUCAGUGGGACGGCUCCAGCAGGCAGUUGAAGAUGAGCCUUCAGCUUCAGAUGAAAUUUACCAGGGUGCAGCUGAGUCUGAUGCAGAAGGUGGAAGUCACGAUUUGCAGUUUCAUCUACCCAGACCUCAAAAGAGAGACAGCGUCACAGACCUCAGGAGGCACCUGUCUCAUACAAGGCGACUGGUGUCAGCCGUCAGGAGUGGAAGGGGCUACUUCCACCUGCUGCAGAGGGAGGAGCAAGACCUACAGGAGGUGCAGCAGAGGGAGCACAGGAGGUGGGAGGAGACACAGCAUGCUGGUUAUUGUUCCCCAAGCAGUGGUUUGGACCAGCACUGGGACAGCGACAAAACAGAAAUAAACCAUCAUGCCAGGAGCUGGUGUUGCUGGAAACAUGCGGGAAGGAAGGAGAUGCCAGCAGCGAGACCCUUCACCCCGAUACACCACUCUCUGACCUCCCCGCAGCAGAGCUCUGGAGCAAUGGAGCCCCUUUUCCGCCAGCUGUGCUGUCUCAGCUGGCUUUUGGAGGCCCUCACUUCAGAGCCUGGCAGCCGCAUCAGACCCAUCUCCUUCUGCUGGGACCCGAGGGAUCCGGGGCGAAGCAGGAUGACAAUAAACGCGGCAAAUAAAGAGAAGGCGAUUGAGACAAGAUGGUGCCGGUUUGUUUCACAACCAAAGGUGGUACUUUUUUCCCGUCUCCCUCCUUCAUCACAAAUACAAACAAAACUGGGGCUGAGGAAGAAUCCCCACAGAUUCUCACAGCACAAGAUUCCAUACUCCUCUCUCAGUGUGGCCUCCCCCUGCACCGCUACCCCGGGCAGCCUGUCCGCCUUGGUUCCAGGUCCAGCGGAGGGCCAGCCACUGACAUUUCCAGACUCAGAGGAAGCUGAAAAUGAGCAGCCAGUGUCUGAAUAUCUGCAGAAACUCCUGAAUGAGAUUUACUGGAGUGUCGCCAAAGAAAUGAAUGAGUGUGACCAAGACAGCGAAUGGCCACCCGAGAGGUAUCUGCCACACCUGGGUUUUCCAGGGAAAAGCAAGAAUCCAGCAGACUUGGAAAGUGCCCCUCUGAGACCAAAAAGUUCCCUGGCGACACGGCCCUCAGCAACGAGUUGCUUCAUAGAAAGUAAAGUAUCUGUGCUGAAGGAGAUGAGGGCAGCCUUCCAGAAGAAGUCCCAGGAGCAGGCCCUGGACCUGAGGAACAUGCUAGAGAGAUGGGCUAGGCAGCGCUGGGAGACCAGCAUACAGAGGUACCAGGUGCUGUGUGACAGGAGAUGCUGCCGUGACUGGCAUCGCACAUGUGCGGGGCGCAGCAAAACGAAGGAGGCCAUGGAGCAGCCCUGUCACAGCAGUUGGCUGCCGUCACUGCUGAGCUGUCUCCCCGAGGCUGCCCUUUUUGAUCCUAAGGUGCGCCGUGUGCUGGAAAAGCUGGCACGCUUCACAGAUGGAAGCAGGCUCAGGGCUCAGCCCCAGGCAUUCCUCAAGGUGCUCAGUGCGCUGGAUCCAUGGGAGCUUUGUUGCCCAGACCUCUGUGCAGCGAUCGAGAUUGUCAGGGAGCAUGUGGUACAGAUGACCAAAGAAGACUAUGACACAUGGCUGCAGUCCAGGGUUGUCUUGCCACAGAGAGCUCAGAGUGCCCCCCCAAAUUAG